AGUAAGAGACUUUCACAAGGUAAUCUAGCUAUUAAGCAGCGAAGUCCGGAUUUGCACUCGGUAGAUGGUGGUUGAUGUUGGAAUAACAGCCCGAUACUGGACCUGUACGAGGGUCAGGAUGAAGCAUGCAGACCGGUGGACACCUACCUGGGCGAGCAGUGCACAGUCUCGGCCAGUAGCUGUUAGCGCCCAGCAGGGCUGGGUCGGGGACUGAGCCUCCUACUGGCGACUCCCCACUAGCCUCCCUGGGGGCGCGAAAGUCCCGCCCCCAGCCGAGGAGAAGGCAGGGAUUGGCUCUCUCGAUGCUGAUUGACGGCUCAGGGCUCGAGCGGCAGCCGCGGUGGAGGCGGGGCCACGAGCAGGAAGUGGGAGUGGAGGCGGCUCGAGACAGGCUGGCCAGCGGGCAGCUGCCGCCACUUUGCCGAGUCGCCGCCGCCACUGCAGAGAUGGAGGGGCCGGGACUGGGCUCGCAGUGCAGGAAUCACAGCCACGGCCCCCACCCUCCAGGAUUUGGUCGACAUGAAGUCUGUGCACAUGAAAACAAAGAACUUGCCAAGGCGAGAGAAGCUCUUCCUCUUAUAGAGGAUUCUAGUAACUGUGACAUUGUAAAAGCUACUCAAUACGGGAUUUUUGAACGAUGUAAAGAGUUGGUGGAAGCAGGAUAUGAUGUCAGGCAACCAGACAAAGAAAAUGUGUCGCUUCUUCAUUGGGCUGCUAUUAACAACAGGCUGGAUCUUGUAAAGUUUUAUAUUUCGAAAGGUGCUGUGGUAGAUCAGUUGGGCGGAGAUUUAAAUUCAACUCCUCUUCACUGGGCCAUCAGACAAGGGCAUUUACCUAUGGUCAUAUUAUUACUGCAGUAUGGUGCAGACCCCACCCUUAUCGAUGGAGAGGGAUUCAGCAGCAUCCACCUGGCAGUGUUAUUUCAACACAUGCCCAUUAUAGCAUAUCUCAUCUCAAAAGGACAGAGUGUGAAUAUGACAGAUGUAAAUGGGCAGACACCUCUCAUGUUAUCAGCUCACAAAGUACUUGGGCCAGAACCAACUGGAUUUCUCCUAAAGUUUAAUCCCUCUCUCAAUGUGGUUGAUAAAAUACACCAAAACACUCCACUUCACUGGGCAGUUGCAGCAGGAAAUGUUAAUGCCAUUGAUAAACUCUUGGAAGCUGGUGCUAGCCUGGAUAUCCGAAAUGUUAAGGGAGAAACGCCUCUUGAUAUGGCUCAGCAAAACAAAAAUCGGCUCAUUAUUCAUAUGCUAAAAGCAGAGGCCAAAAUGCGAGCCAACAAAAAUUUCAGACUUUGGAGGUGGCUGCAGAAAUGCGAGCUCUUCCUGCUGCUGAUGCUUUCUGUGAUUACCAUGUGGGCUGUUGGAUACAUAUUGGACUUCAAUUCAGAUUCUUGGCUUUUAAAAGGAUUUCUUCUAAUAGUAUUGUUUUUUCUGACAUCUUUGUUUCCAAGGUUCUUGGUCGGGUAUAAGAACCUUAUGUACUUACCAACAGUCUUUCUGCUGGGUUCCGUUUUUUGGAUAUUUGUGACUUGGUUCAUCUUAUUUGUUCCUAAUUUAGCAGGCACCACUUUCUAUUUCGUUUUCAUUCUCAGCAUAGUAGCCUUCCUCUACUUUUUCUACAAGACUUGGGCAACCGAUCCAGGCUUCACUAAGGCUUCUGAGGAAGAAAGGAAGAUGAAUAUCAUCACCCUUGCAGAGACCGGCUCUCUGGAUUUCAGAACAUUUUGUACAUCAUGUCUUAUAAGGAAGCCAUUAAGGUCAGUCCAUUGCCAUGUGUGCAACUCCUGUGUGGCUCGGUAUGAUCAACAUUGCCUGUGGACUGGACGGUGCAUCGGUUUUGGCAACCAUCAUUAUUACAUAUUCUUCUUAUUUUUCCUUUCCAUUGUGUGUGACUGGAUUAUAUAUGAAUCUUUCAUCUAUUGGUCAAAUCAUUGUGUCACAACAUUCAAAGAAGAUGGACUGUGGACCUACCUCAAUCAGAUUGUGGCCUGUUCCCCUUGGGUCGUAUAUAUCUUCAUGUUAACAAGUUUCCAUUUCUCAUGGUCAACAUUUUUAUUACUAAAUCAGCUCUUUCAGAUUGCUUUUCUGGGCCUGACCUCUCAUGAGAGAACCAGCCUGCUGAAGCAGAGCAGGCACAUGAAACAGACGUUGUCCCUCAGGAGGACCCCAUACAACCCUGCUGCCAUCCUCUAACUGGCUGACGGAGUUGAACCUCUUCUUUCUUGGAAGCCUCAGUGACAGGAGAUGAGUGGUAAGGUCAUGAGCUCCAAGGUGGUAAGAUUUAGUCUUACUGGACUCAGCACAAACAGUAAGUGACUUUGAAGUUUUGCCAAGAUGGGAGAUCUCUUCAGUCAAGCCACAUGGUCACAAGGUUGCACAUUGCUGGCAUGAAGUCAGCGUGAGAUAACUAAGCACGUGGCUGAGAAAGCCAGCCACUAGGCUCUCUGUAGAAAGCGUUAGAUUGUGAGCUUUGCCAGGAUUUUCAACCUGGCUUUCUAUCGCCGGUAAUUCUUUUAGCCCGAUGUUUAAAGUGCCCACCUGUGUCAGGGAAAAGUUACUUUUUCAGGUUUGGGAUAUGUUUUCCCCAGAGCACUGGUUGUGUAAAACCUGUCCUCAGCUGACAAUGAGAGUGUUUGUAGGAUGGCCAUCAUCUUACGAGACGAGAGAUCAGGGUUUGAAGCUUAUCUUCCUGUCAGAUAUAUCGGGAUCUUGGAGGCUGGGAGUGCUGCAGAGGUGACCCAGGGCCCUCUAGGGAUUUGACCGCUCACUGCGUAUCUCAUGAGCAGUCUAUUUUAAAGCACACUCGUGGUACAAGAUGAAACUGUUAGGCUGUUAGGCAAGGAAAUCAGAGCCUGGGAUAUGACUAUGAUGUGUGUUUAGAGGAGAGAAAUUGACUUAAUUGGGAAGAGACGGCCAAAGUGAUGGAGUGUAGAGAGUCGUGUUAAGCUUGUGAUGAUUAUUUCAGACUGGUAGUGAUAAUAAAAUCCCUUUCUCAGUGACUUAACCAGAGGAAUAAAUAUUUACUCCACCGAAGCACGGACCUCUUUGUGAUAGAGGUGGAAUUUUAAGCUGAGCCUUGAAAGGUGUGGGGUGGGGAGAAGGAAGGAAGGGCAUCCCGAGCCCUGGAGAAGUGUCUGAAUAAAGGGCCAGAGGUGAGAGAGUUGGGACAUUUUGGGGAAUUGCUAAGACAUGGCAGCAUUACUGGAGGAACUAAAGGUAAAGCCUUGGAGCCACUUUGAAUCUAGCUUCAAACCAAAGAUUUGUCUUAUUGUCUUCCCCUAAGUUACUUUUACUCACUAGCCAGCUCUUGAACUGGGCCCUGUCGGUCCCCAGCAUGCCUCCCUGCUUCCACCCCAUCAGUUCCGUGUGGGCAGCCCCCUGCCUGGGAAGCUGCCUUCUUAGCAGCCUUGGGAAUUUCUUGACCACUGUCACUAACCUGCAGCAGUGGCACACGCAUCCUCACACACAGACGUGUUCCGAUGUGUUUAAGACGUUGGGUUAGGCCCUUGAAAGAUGGGGCGUAUGCCUAAAAAUGAAUAUUCAUGAUAACCGAACAGACAGUAGCAUUCAGGAAUUUAAUGGAGGAAAAAAUGAUGCUGAAGCUAUGUAGUCAGGAAGGCUCCAAAGGGGAAGUGGGCCUUGACCUAGGCCUUGAGAACUGGUAGGGCUUAAAAGGAUAAGGGUGUUACCUGAUGGACGAGUAGGGGAGUGUGGGUUCCAGGGUAGAAGAAUGGCCCAUGCAGUUGUGAUCACGGGAAAAAUAAAGCCAGAGUAGCUAUAACAAAAGAUGAGUUUGGAGCAUCAAUACCCGAGGAGUCCUGGGCUUUAUUAUAUAGGGCUGUGAGUACAAAGAUGAGGGAUUUGUCUUUGAGCCUCUGGGCAGAGGAAUGUCGUUAAAGGGUUUUGACUGGGAGGUUAGAGGCCAUGAAUAUAUCAGGUGUUUGGAGGACCAGUCUCCAGUAUGUAGGAUGAAUUAGAAGGAAUUGAGACAGAGACACCAUUUAGAGUUUCUUAGAAUUCGAAGAAUCCCAUCUUGUUGAUAAUAGUUUUUCUGGCCUGUCUGGCCCUUGAGAUAGUCCAAGUCUGAAUUAGAGCAGUGGGAAUGGAAAGAAAGAAACUUAAUGGUGGCAGUGCCUGUUCUAGUGAGUGGGGACCCAAAAUGAACUUGCGUUGCUGGGCACAAGCCAGGGAAUCUCAAAAUAGGGAUUCAGGUCCAGAAAUGGAACUGGGCUUCAGUUUUAAGGGCCAUAAAUUCAAGAACUGUCUGAUUCACCUCUGGAUUCCUGCAGGAUCUUGGAAGGAUGUAUACUGUAAAUUCUCAGUGAAUGUUUAUGGUUUGAAUGAAUGUUUGUCAAAUGCUAACAGGAAAUGUAGUAAGACGUGUUCUCUUUCUUUCUUGGCAGCCUUGGGUUCACACAGAACCUCGCAGAUUUCUUUCAGUGUGGCUGCUUUGGCUUGGUCAAGCCCUGUGCAGUAGACUGGACGUCACAGUACACCAUGGUCUUUCACCCAGCUAAGGAGAAAGUUCUUCGCUCAG